AAGUCUGUGAUAAAGCAAGAUCUGUUAGGCAGCUGCUGCUCCUGUUGGAAAACAAUGGUGCUGCUUUCAGAGAGCUGCAAGGGAGACUAAGGGUCAAGUCCCUUUAAAAAAAAAAAAAAGUGAAAUACAGUAUUGUGCAUCUUGAAAUCUGAAACCAAGAAACAGAAGUGCAAGGGAAACAAGGGGGAAAGUCUUGCAAUUCCUGAGGGCAACUGUUCCAAGUGGAGUUUUAAGGAGUAAAAUACCUGUAUAUACAGUUAAAGGUUAUUGAAUGGCUUUUGUGGAGAAGCCUGUGAAAUAAAGGAGCCGUGGAAGAAGACUUUUCUUUUUCUCGUCCUCUCUGGAUAUAAUGGCUAUUGCAAAGCAAAGCAUCUUCAGAUUUGGCUUCAAAUGGCUCUUCUUAGCAACUUUUAUGAUAGCCUGUGAUGGACAAGGUGGAAAGAGAGAGAAUGGUGGUCCUGCCUGUUACGGAGGAUUUGAUUUGUAUUUCAUUCUAGACAAAUCAGGAAGUGUCCUGCACCAUUGGAAUGAAAUAUAUCAUUUUGUGGAACAUUUGGCCCGCAAGUUCAUAAGCCCUCAGCUGAGGAUGUCCUUCAUCGUUUUUUCUACUAGAGGGACAAUUCUAAUGAGGUUAACAGAAGACAGGGAACAGAUACGCCAGGGUCUAGAAGAACUUCAGAAAGUCCUUCCAGGAGGUGACACAUACAUGCAUGAAGGAUUUGAAAGGGCAAGUGAACAGAUUUACUAUGAAAAUGUUCAUGGUUACAGAACUGCAAGUGUCAUCAUUGCAUUGACAGAUGGAGAACUCCAUGAAGACCUAUUUUUUUAUUCUGAGAGGGAGGCUAAUCGGUCACGAGACCUGGGAGCAACAGUAUACUGUGUUGGUGUGAAAGACUUCAAUGAGACCCAGCUGGCUAGAAUUGCCGACAGCAAAGAUCAUGUCUUUCCAGUGAAUGAUGGUUUUGAAGCCCUUCAGGGAAUCAUAGAUUCUAUUUUGAAGAAAUCAUGUAUUGAAAUUCUGGCUGCAGAGCCUUCCAGUAUAUGUGCAGGAGAGUCAUUUCAGGUUGUCGUGAGAGGAAAUGGAUUUCGACAUGCCCGUAACGUCGACAGAGUACUCUGCAGUUUCAGGAUCAAUGACACGGUUACUCUCAAUGAGAAGCCUUUUGUUGUGGAAGAUACCUACUUACUCUGCCCGGCACCUGUACUACGAGAAGUUGGCAUGGAAGCAGCUCUUCAAGUUAGUAUGAACGAUGGUCUGAGCUUCAUCUCCAGCUCUGUCAUCAUCUCCAGCACACACUGUUCAGAUGGGACCAUCCUGGCUAUUGCUUUGUUGAUCCUCUUCCUCCUGCUGGCGCUGGUUCUCCUCUGGUGGUUCUGGCCUCUUUGCUGCACAGUGAUCAUCAAAGAGCCCCCCCCACCUCCUGCAGAAGACAGUGAGGAGGAAGAUGAUGAUGGCCUUCCAAAGAAGAAAUGGCCAACAGUAGAUGCCUCUUAUUAUGGUGGUCGAGGAGUUGGUGGCAUCAAACGAAUGGAGGUGCGCUGGGGAGAAAAGGGUUCCACAGAAGAAGGCGCUAAGUUAGAGAAAGCCAAGAAUGCCAGAGUCAAGAUGCCAGAACAGGAAUAUGAAUUCCCUGAGCCCAGGAACCUUGUGAACAAUAUGCGCAGACCUUCUUCUCCUCGGAAGUGGUACUCUCCAAUCAAGGGAAAACUGGAUGCUCUCUGGGUCUUGCUGCGGAAAGGUUACGACCGUGUAUCUGUGAUGCGCCCACAGCCAGGAGACAAGGGCCGUUGCAUCAAUUUCACAAGAGUGAAGAACACAGAGGCCCCCCCCAAAUACCCGCUCAACAAUGCAUACCCGCUGUCAUCUCCACCCCCAGCCCCCAUCUACAACCCUCCACCCCCAGCCCCCAUCUAUACCCCCCCUCCACCCAGCUCGCCCACGCCCCAUGCCCCCUCCCCAUCCUCCACGCUCCCGCCUCUCCCCCCACCGCCCCAAGCCCCGCCACCCAACCGGGCCCCCCCUCCCUCUCGGCCCCCGCCUCGCCCAGCAGUCUAGGGGGUUGGCUGUGCUCCUGCCUCUUCCAGAAGCAUUUGAGAGGCUUUUUUCAGCAGUACUGUAUCACAUCCAUCAGCUGGGGGGGGUUGGGGGAGGGCAGAGAAUGCCACACCAUUUUUGGAAUGGGUGACAGCAGAAUGAACAACUUUGUAGUUUUCUUUCUCCUUAGUUUUCUUUUAUUUUUAAAAUCCCUUGUGCAUCAGUGCCACCAAACUAUCAAAGCAAGAAGAGCCAAGAGACUGCAAGAACAAGGCAAAUAAGAUCCAUUUCAGCAAGGCUCUCCCCCCCACUUUGUCCCUGAAAGACUCCUCUGUGUGCAGAUCCCAGCCAAUUACCUGAAGACAAGUGCACAAACUGCAUGGUGCAAGGCUCAAGGGUUGGCAGAAAGCCGAUCACAUCUCACUUACAUGCCAGCUGCCAAGCAAGUAAUGACAACAACAGGUCUGCAAGUAUAGAAACCCUGGUGGAUCUGAAAAGAACUGAUGUCAGGCAGCUGUUCCCAUGGACCAUGAGUUGGUGAAGGGACGGUAUUGUCAUCUUGGAGGGUCCAGAAAGGAGAAGGGGUAGGGCUCUGGUGUCUGGAUUUGUGUAUGUUGGUAUGUGGAAGUGCAAGUAGGUGAAAACGGAGUGCUACUAGGAAAAUGAAUUACACUGAAAAAUGAACCUGUCAGUAUGCCACGAGGCUUUGACCCCAUCCCCUGAGGACAAGGAGUAAGUCACAGCAGGUCAGCCUUCAGUGCUCCCAGUGGGACAGAGGAGUUCAUAAAAAUGGAGCAAAGGAAUCUGGGAAAGGUAUGGUUGACAGAAGAGUCUUUGCAUUCAGUUUAGACUAAUUAUGUCCAUCUAAUUAUGCCCAUCUAUUAGCUCUGCAGUUCAGCAGUGUAAUUUAAUGCUGUUUUCCAUUUUAGAAGGAAAGUUUCUGAAUAUAAACAAGUGGUUAGGUGUAUCAAUUUCUUUAAAUCCAGUCUGCUUGGGCUCCUUGUUAUUGUCAGUUUGAAAUGGUUAACACUGAUGCGUUUCUGUUUUUUUCUGUAAAUUACAUUAUUUCAUCCUAAAAAUAUUUCCACAUGGAUUUUUAUUUUUUGUUUUCUCUUCCUGAAUAAGUAGCAGAUGCCUUCCAAACUCAUAGUGAAGAAGAGCCAGUUGCUUACUCGCUCUUGUCAACUCUUAAAAAUAUCACUUCACUUAGCAGUUUUUGACUAAGGCAAAAAUCACACAUCGGACACGCAAGAAGGGAAUCAGUCUUCCAAGAAAUGCACUGGCUGCAUUUCUCCAUGCUUUUCUCCCCACCUUUAUGGGACCCACCCCCCCCCCCCCCCCCCGUGUUCCAUAAUAUUGCAUAUGCACAGAUAUCAAACUUCCUGAGCACCUGCCUUUGCAACACAGUGCUAGCAAUAGGUGAGAUCACUGCACUUCAGUCAGACCUCUGGCUCCCUAAUUUACUGUCAGGAUCAGUUCUCACAAAAAGACUCUCUCUCUGGAAAUUGCAAAGUCAUAAAAGGUAAAUUGCCUUUGUAGCUGCAGCUCUAUGAAUAUCUAAGGGUUCUCAUACUUGUAUCAUUUUUUACCAGAUAAAGAAAUGCUUUGCCAAGUACUUACUUCAGUGCUGUAGGAAAUAUUAAUUCUAGCUUUUCUAGGAAAAAAAAAAAGUGGAGGGGGGGGAGAAAAAAGAAAAAAGCUCAAGGAAGAAAAGGAACAGUUGAAAAAGUCUCAGUGGAGACCUGCCUUGGGAUCCUCUUGGUCAGAACAUACGUGAAUGAAGCCUUACCAUGAGACCCAGGGUCAGUCUAACUGUCAUUCACUAGCCUUACCCUUGUUAGGCCAGUAUGCCAUCUUUUAGAUGAGAUAAACACAAAGAUGAGAUAUCACAAUGGAGCUGAAGACUCAUUUUACAGCCAAGGCUGGAUAUUCUGCAAAAAGGCUGAUUAAUUCCCCCACAACACUGUUUUGUCUGCAGGCGGCACAGAGCAGUCCCUGAAUUGUAAAAUAAACAACAGUUUUGCUACUCACUAUUUCAAAUUAAAUCAGCUACAGAAUGGUUAGUUCAACAAGAUGACUUUGUGAUUGUCAGGUGGGAGUGGGAAGCUUUUAACACCCUGACACAAAUUUAGUUGGACUCCCUCUUGUGAUGGAUGGGAUUUAGUUAAAUAGCUGUUUGAUUUGGUGUGCUGUUGAAAGGUGUAAAACUUGGGUAUAGUGUAAAUCGAUUAAUAUUUCUCUUAACAGAUCCUCAGUAUUUCAAAAAAGUUUGGAAAACAAAUUGAUUUUCAACAACAUGGUGUUGAGAAUUUGUUUUUCAUGUCAUUUAAACAAUAAAUAUAAACCCAUAAAUCUAAAUCUACUGCUGGGGAAAAAAAAUAAAUAAAGGUAGUGUAUAUUCCAUAACUAAAACUAACUUCUUGCAGAUGUAUAUAGAAAUCUUCAUUCUCCCCAAAUUAAGGGAAAAAAAAAAAACACUACAGUAUUAAAGAAGCAAAAUAAAACCUACAUCAGACUAGAAAGAUAAUCAUUUUUAAAUAUCCCUAUGUAAUCAUCCAGUUUAUGAAUAAAAAAUAAACUCCAAAAUUUUGUUGUAUAUAUUGUUACUGCAUGCUUACCAUAUGUUAGAUGGAAGCAUUUCCUGUCCAUUGUGGAUAAAAGAACAUUUUUCAAGUUGUAGUAAAUUAUUAUAAAGCCAAUGACAUUUCAUGGCAUGUUAUUGUAUCAAGCUGUGCUUGUUGUAUUUUUUUCUUUAUGGUUGUAUUGCUUUUUUUAUAAAUGUAGAAAUAUUUCCUGUAGUGACGAAUACCUGUUUUACAUAGCAUUAAUUGAAGCACUAUAAUUCCAGGCUGCCCACUCCCUCAGUCUGUUGGCAAAGAGUUUUGCAGAUCCAUUCAGGGCGGGACGUGGCCAGACACCAACUGGGCAUGGGGUGAUUGGGUGCUGAAGCAAAGAACCCAUGCUCAGUUUUGGUGGACCCUUGCUAACAUUCUCAGAAAAAAAUGAGAGCAUGUUUCGUGGCAGAUUUGUACCUGGUCUUGUGUUUAGGAUCAACCUAAAUGUGGCUAAAAUGCUAAAAUGACAUCCCCGAGGUACUGCAAAUGCUUUUAAAAAUCAUGCUCCUUUUAUGUCAGUCCUAUCUUAGGAACCUAGCUUAAGGUAUUAAGAAUGAAAUUUGGGUCUGAAUUUAAAUCAACUUCCCUUGGCAACUAAUGCUAUGUAAAUAAGGUUGAAUUAGAUGGUGUACCAUAUACUGAUAUAUGGUACCCUGUGUAUUCUCUCUCUGUAAAACUUUCCUAGAAACACAUUACACAGGCUAUCAAUCCACAGUAGCCAAUUUUUAAGUAAAGGUUCGUUAUAGAUCAAAAGGAGUUGAGUGGCACUAUGUCUGCUCUGCAGUAUCAGAAGACUUCAGCAGGUCUCACUGUUUACUACUUGCACAUGCUUAUGUAUAGGAUUGGUCUAAACAGCAAUAAACAGAUGUCUGAUGGCAUUAAAUAAACACUUCUUUCAUUUGCUCUAAGUAGAUCACUUUGGUUACUCCCUUUGUUUUUAACUCUUGCAAUACUUUCUAUCAGUGUGUUCUGCAGCCUCAAAGAACUAAGCAGCUGCAUUUGACAAAGUUUCAGAUUUUUUUUAAUUGCUAAAUGUUACCCAUUGUUGCUGGCUGUAUUUUGAAUCAUCACCCACACGAACCUUGGCAGCCAUCAGAAUUCUCUCUCUCCUUGGUGCAAGAAGGCAUCUUCUGUCACCGUUUAUUUUGGGGAAGGGAGGAAUGUCUGGCUUUGGAGAACUCUGGCGAGAUCUGAGGGUAACUGGUCAGUAGCGUUGCCUUAUAUGUGGUGCUGAUGCAGCAAAGGAAAAGAAGCAAGCCCUCUGUUCUGAUGUUGAAUUAUGUUUUGUCAGUUCAGCCAGUGCUGUGCAAUGAUGUUUUACUCCCUCUGUUUGUUGCAUGUGUCAUUUGUUAAAUUCAGUCAUUAUUCUUGCUGACCUUGAUGUUAUUAUUAAAGAACUACACAAACUUG